GUACUCCACCUCUGCAUUCUCCAAACUAAGCAAAGUAGGGAUCCGACAUCCUCCACCUCUUCCUUUUGUUGGAAACCUGCUCUUUUUCCGUGAGGGCUUUUGGGAAAACCACACAAAACUCAUAACGGAGUAUGGACCUGUUUGUGGGUACUACAUUGGUCGCCAGAUGUUUGUGGUGGUCUCCACACCAGAGAUGAUCAAGCAAAUCUUAGUGACAAACUUCAGUAAUUUCACCAACAGAACU